AUGGCUUCGUCCACCCAUCAGUACCACUCUCCCGAGAUAGAGGACGACCUCAUCGACCCCGAUGAUGCCGAUCUCAACGACUUCGACGACCCGCUGUCCCAGCAGCAGUCCUCGCGGCAGCCGCUGACCGGCAACAUCGGCUCGUCGUCGUCGGCGCACCCGCUGAACGAGGGCUAUCUGACGUCGCGCAUCCCCGGCGAGGACCGCCGCGCCCCGCAGAACACCAUCGACGAGACCGUGUGGGAGACGCUGCGCCGCGACCUGCUGGCCGUGUGGUCCAAGAUGCGCGAGGUGCUGUGGCCGCGCUACCUGUUCGGCGGCACCAUGUUCGAGUCGUCCGAGGGCCUGCGCGGCGCUUACGCCAACCUGCGCGGCGCCGGGCUCUCGGGCGCCCGCGAGGAGCUCCAGAGCCUCGCCGGCCGCGUCAUGGACCCCGAGGCCCUGCUCAGCCAGAACAACAUGACCCCCGGCCUCCGCGACUGGGACAUGUGGGGCCCGCUCAUCUUCUGCCUGCUCCUGGCCGUCCUGCUGAGCUUCCGCGCCCAGCCCGAGCAGAAAGACGUCGUCUUCAGCGGCGUCUUUGCCAUGGUCUGGAUCGGAGAGGCCGUCGUCACCCUGCAGAUCAAGCUGCUGGGAGGAAAUAUCUCAUUCGCACAGAGUGUGUGUAUCAUUGGCUACACCCUCUUCCCACUCGUCCUCGCCUCACUGGGGUCCGCCCUCGGUCUCCCCACUGUAGCCAGGAUCCCGGUCUACAUCGUCUUGGUUGCCUGGGCUAUCGCCGCCGGUGUUAGCAUCUUGGGCGGCAGCGGCGUCGUCCAGAACAGGGUUGGCAUUGCCGUCUACCCGUUGUUCGUCUUCUAUGUCGGGCUGGGAUGCCUGUGCUUCAUCAGCUAA